AUGAGCAUAAGUCAUAAUCAUCAAGAAAAUAAUUAUUCAAGUGAAAUUGUGGGUUAUUAGCUUCAAUAAUUGAUAAGUGAUUUAGAACACAUUUAAAAUCUAACUAAAAUUAGGGGUAACGAUUCACCAUUUCCAAGAAGAUGCACUUACUGCAAAAUUUAGCAUGAUUAUGAUAGUGAGCAUAAUUUAGUAGUAACCUAAUAUACUGACUCAGAAUUUAUUAGUGAUCUAAUUUAAGAACAUGACACUCUCUAUAAAAUUUGUUAAUGGGCGCAUUAAAGUAUUGGAUAAUAAACAAUCAGAGAUUCAAUGUCACCAUAAGAUAAAGCAUGGAAUCAUAUUUUAUCUAAUAAUUACGAUGAAGUGAAUAAAUAUUUAAAUGAUGAAGAGAAAUGUAUUUUGAAUUCUUUGCAGCCUUUUGGAACUGGAAAUAAAUUAUUUGACUUCAUGAAAUUAUCAAAAUAUCAAAAUGAAAAUUGGGUACUUACUCUUGAAUUACUCUACAAAGCAACAUAAAGAGCACCUUAUGAUAAUAAUAAAUUAUAUUUAUGGGCAACAUGUUAAAGUGUUGAAUGGUAAAGUGGGAUUUCUAAAUUUAAUGAAGAUUUAUGGUUAAAUGUUAGGGCUGAAUUAUUUUAUAAAGUCAUGAGUAAACAUAAUGAAAUCUAUCUAAAAAUGAAUAGAUGUAUCAAUUUUGGAAUCAAUAAACCUUUCAUUUGGAAACCAAAAUUUUAUGAACUUAAUUGCGGUUAUAUGAAUGACGAAAUAGAUAGAAUUGGUAAGAAAUUCAUUAUCGAAAUCAUUAAAUAUAUUACAUCCAAAAAUAAUAUAUUCUAAUUCCUUUAACUUAUUAAAGACUCCCUUUUCACACUCUUAAACAAAACUAAUGAUUUAAAGUAAGCUUCUCUGAGAUCUAAAUGCUAUUUCAAAAUUGCACUUAUGAUCUCAGAUUUAUUGGAUAUUGAUCCAAACAAUGAAUAAGUUUUAUUAGAAUAAAUAGAGGAAAUUGUAAAGUUAAUUUAAGAAGAAUUCAUAGAUAGAAAUACAAAAUUAUAAUAUUUGAUUCAACUUUUAAGUAUUUUAAGACGAUAGGAUAAUUUCAAUUCUUUUAUUUUUCAAGUUUGUUAAAACAUAAUCAAUUCUUUAGGAGAUUCUUUAAGUUCCUUUUUAUAAUUGUUAAUUAAUUUUAAUUUUGAUAAAGAUUUUAUUACAAAUAUUGCAUUUGAAUAAUUCCAUAAAUUAAGUCCUUACUAAUAGAAUGAAUUGUUAUCAAAAGAAUUUUAGAAAUAUUUCUCAUAGGAUUGUCUAAAAUAAUAGGUUUAUAGUUUACUUUCAUACAUAAUUGAAAAUAUUGAAAAUUUCAAAAAUAUAUUUGGAUUUUUAUUACAAGAAUACUAGGAUUUUCUACGUGAUGAAGGUGAAUAUUAUAAAGUUUAUAUUGAUGAAGAUAUAGAAAAAAUGUUAUAUUAUUUAAAAUAACAAAGAAUUCCUCCUUAUUGGUUUGCAAAAUAUAUUUAGUUUAUUUUAAGUAAUCCAAAUUUAAAUCAAUUAUAAAUGUAUAUAAAAUUAUUUUAUAAUUAGUUUUGGAAUAAUGGAAGCUAUCAAACUAAAUGAUUAUUUAUUUAUAAAUUUGCCAAAAAAAAGACAGUUAUUAGCUGAACUUGCAAAAAAGCUGACAUCAAUCAAAUCAUUUGUUAAUCAUUUGCUUUAAUGA